AGCAUGAUGGGAGUCGUAGUAAGAAGGACUGUGGUGGCGUUGAGGGCAUGUCCUGUAAACCCUCCAAGAAAAGCUUGCAGAGGACAAGGUUCUGCGGGGAGAGAGGCUCAGAGCAUUCUGGAAAGUGGAGUCCAGUGGGCUUAGUAACAGAUUCGUGGGGGGAGCCGAGGUUCCGGGAAGGGGCUGAGCAGGCUUGAAAAGAGAUUGUGACUGUACCUUUUAAUUUUGUAGCUGGAACACAAGAAGUGUUUAAUGAAUGACUUAUCCAUUUAGGAUCCAUUUAGACCUUAAGGAUAAUCCUGUGAAUUGCUGAUAGUUCACUGGGUUUGGCCCUUAGUGCUGAUUUCAGUAUGCUGCGACGAAAACCAACACGCCUGGAGCUGAAACUUGAUGACAUUGAGGAGUUUGAGAGCAUUCGAAAGGAUCUGGAGACCCGUAAGAAACAGAAGGAAGAUGUGGAAGUUGUAGGAGGCAGUGAUGGAGAAGGAGCCAUAGGGCUCAGCAGUGACCCUAAGAGCCGGGAACAAAUGAUUAAUGAUCGAAUUGGUUAUAAACCUCAACCCAAGCCCAACAAUCGCUCAUCUCAAUUUGGUAGUUUUGAAUUUUAGAGGCGGAUUAUCUUGCAUGCCAGAGCCUUGGAGUGGAAUAAAAUGAUGGCAGAAGUACAAACCAGAUUUAGAGAAUUGAAUGCUUGCAGUCAAGCAGAAUGGUUUACCUCCUGCAGACAGAAAUAUUUCUGCAUGAGAUUAUUGGUGCUUAACUUUCACUCUAAGCUGGAAUCUAGACUCUGGUUUGUUUCUGGAAAAUAUGACUCUAUAAAACCAAUCUGGUUUUGUUUUUAAAAAUAAAUAUAUUUUUGAAAAA